AUGGCUUCCCAGCAGUCACCUCACAACACCUCCGAGACAGCCUCUUGCUCAACCCCAGGAUAUCCCAUCGAGCCACGGAAACGAAAGCGAUCUGCCUCAGAAUCACAGCUAGCCCGCGAACAUGGAUUGAUGCGAGAUACGGGAGAGCACGACGCUGCUCGCUUCGUCGGUAGUGGAAGCGGCAUACACUACAUUCGCGCGGUGCACCUGAGACUUGCCAGGAGAUCUGCGUCCAGGAUGAACGACUCAUCGGUGAUCACCACUCUUAUUCCCGGCGAAGACGACCAGCUUCGACAAGCAUCUUCGGCAAGAAGACAUCGCGAGCAAGUUCUGUGGAAGAGCAACGAAGUCUCUGCGAACCCCGAGAACGCUUCACCAUGUUUUGAGGACUUUGUUGAAUGGUCAAAGAGCUAUUUCGAAUCAUGGCACCCAGUUCUUCCCUUUCUCCACGGCCCGGAGAUUCUUCGACUGUUCGAAGAGGCCUCGAAGAGUGGAAUCUCAUCAAUAAACUCCAUGGGUCAGGUCAUUCUCAAGUCUGUUCUCUCCAUAUCCUUGGCCGAUAGCCGCCAAGGCGCCCCGGUCCAUAAGCCGAUUCCAAAGCAGCUCGUCUUUGAAAGCGUCGACGAUGCAGUGGCAAGCUCACAGUUUGCCUUAAGUCAGCCAGCGUCAAUCCGCUCGACCCAAGCAGCUUUGGCCAUUCAACUAUUUCUCACUUCCAUGCUCUGUCUCAAUGCCGCCUCUCGCCUAGGGGGGCUGAUCGUUCGCAUGGCUUUUCACAUGGGCCUUCAUCGCUGUCCGAUAAGGUUUCCCUUCUUCACCGCCGAGGAAGCUUCUGUUCGGCGCCGCGUUUUCUGGUGCAUAUACAGUCUUGAAAGACUUCUUUGCCAGUCCCUCGGAUUACCUCUUGAUAUCCAGGAUGAUGACCUGGACGUCUGCUACCCAGGCGAGGAACGACAUCCUACGACAGGUUCAACUGAAGAUGCAGGAAAGCUGCAAUUGCUCACAUUUGUUGCCAAACACGCACGAAUACGGGGCCUUAUUCUUGAACUCCGUAACAAAUCCAUUAUGCAGCGGCAAGAAACGGCAGAUCGAACGGCGUUUGUGCAAACUGAGCUUGCAAAGUGGUCCAACGAGAUACAAGAUGCUGUGGAAGAGGAUGAGAUAGCCGAUCAUGCCUCGGAUGUGGGAGAGGCCUCGCCAGCCAUCUCUUCAACCCACAAGCUGAUGCUCCUCAUCCUAAAGCAUGAGGCGGCAAUCUGUCUGAACCGGCCAGGUCUGGCAUCAGAAUAUCCAUCUUCAUCUUACUCCUCUGCCUUUCAAGCAUGCAUCUCUGCAGCCAAAUCUAUCUUCAUACUCUUGAAGAAGCACGGAAACCGCAAUCGCCUAGCAACAGACUCGACCGGCCGGAGACUACAAACUCCGCUUCUCUGGCCCUCGUUCACCUGGGCUGUGUGGAUCAGUGCCUUUGUUCUCAUACAUGCGGCAUUUGAGAACCAGGUUCCGUUAGACAGCGCAAUGAGACAUGUCGUGGCUGGAAAAGGCAUUCUCAGCCAUCUAGCGGCAAGAGACACAUCAUGGCCAGAGUAUUGUCUCGGUGCCAUUGAUGAACUCAUCUCUGCAGUACAAGAACUUUCCCAAGCUCGAGUUCCACCUCUCGAAUCUCCUACCGAUGACUCUGUCACCUCGCACUCUCGAACACUUGCGGCUCGACAACAGGACGAAAACACUUUUGCGCGUACGAGACGAAGAGAAACAGUCACAGGGUGGGAACAAUCAGCGACUGGUAGGUCCAACGACCCCAGUGGCAACGUAUCAAGAGACUUGUCUACACUACCGGAACAUGAGGCAAACCUUGAUACCGCAUCACAGCAUUAUCCCGCAGGUUCGUCCGGAGCUCCUUUGCAGGGACACAUGCCUUGGCAACAGAGGCACCCACAGCCACAUCACUUGGCGCAUGUCAACGCGCAAAAUGGGUCCGACUCGCAACUAGGUGCACCAGGUGUUUCACGUAUGAAUAAUGGCCACGAUGGACCCUCUUUCGCGGCCUCUCUAGGUCAAGCCGACUCCAAUCUGGACACGGUGCCAGUCGAAGGCCAGGAGUCAAUCAUGUGGUAUGACCAGCUGUUUGCGAGUUCUUUCAGCGCCAUUGAUAAUCCGUUCCUUGUGGCUGCCGAGUUUGAUGCGUCGAUUGAUCCAACUUGGAACUAUCUGAGGUAG